AAUAAACAAUUCGCCUAAUAGAUCUUGAUUAGAAUCAUUAGAUCUAUUGUGUCUAGUCAUACUUAUAGGUGUCUACUGUCUUGUUUUGAGAUCUUAUCUACUAGAGGAGUCUAGAUCUAUUUGUAAUGGCUUCUUAUUUUGACGAACAUAACUGUGAACCUCUGGAAGAUGGGCAAACUCCUAAUCAUGCACUACAUUUGGCUAGAUUGUUACUCGACUCAGGACUGGGUGCAGAAUGGGACAUGGAAUAUAACAGAUUCUUUGGAGGUGAAGGAAGAGCUCCUCCAGCAUCAAAGAAAGUUGUAGAAGAACUUGAGACUAAACUUAUCUCCCCAACAAUAGCUGCUCUAGGUAAAAAGUGUUCUAUUUGUUUGAUGGAGUUUGAUGAAGAAGAUGAAACUAAAAUUUUACCUUGCAAGCAUCAGUUUCAUAGUGCUUGUAUUUUACCGUGGUUAGGAAAGGUUAACUCUUGCCCCAUGUGCCGUCAUGAAUUACCUACAGAUGAUCCACAGUAUGAAGAAUAUAAGAAACAUAAGGCACGUGCAAAACAGAGAGAACAUGAAUUGACCAGUCUACAUGAUUCCAUGUUUGGGUGACCUGCAGAGUUUUGAUGAAAUCUUCUUCAGUCAGAUUGUUGUACUGCGUGUGGAAAUGAUUACAUCUAUUAACAUUACAUUGUCUUAUAUAUCACUAGCAGGUUACACACUUUUUGUCCAUUAAAUAGCCCCUAAGUGUAAAAAUGAAUGAGUGAGUCUGUGAGCUAGAGUUUUGAAUAACCUUUAUUGUGGAUUAGCCAGUAUAAAUGAGGUAACCUGAUUAACAAAAUGGAAUUUAGCUAUUGAAACCUUCAGGUGGUGUGAAGGAAUCAAAGUGAUCCAAGUAGUUAUUCAGUCAUGUUGAUCUGUAUUCUUUUUAUCUAGGGUAGAUGCCCUUGAAAAUGCCUUACAUCACACAGCUUCAUGUACUUAUUUGGAGGGUGUACUUAGUAGUUUUAACAUUUUUAAAACAGAAAGACAGAAGUCUAGCAUGUAUUAUGCUGCAUUAAGCUGUUAAGCAAUAAGCAUUUUAUUGACCUGUCAGAGUUAUGUUAGUAGCAUUUUUUUUACCUUUCAGAGUUAUUGUUAAUGUGCAGAAAUAAAUACCCUGGUAAUAAAAUAUUACAUGUAAUUGUCAUUUCAUCCUUUACAACUUUUUUAGUGAAGUUUGAAAUUUAUUUUUUCAUUCACUAACCCCAAACAAUGAAGAUCUCAAUAAAUGUGUAUAUUUAUAGUCAUAAAAUAAUGCUAAAAUUUUUGCUUUAAUUAUCUAUCAUUGAUAGUGGAUAGUUCUAUUAGGAGAAUUUCAAUUGCAUCACUAUUGUUUUGGAAAAAUUGAUAUAGGUGGUCUAUACACAUGAAGCUAUCUAAUAGCACUUCAUGUGUGGCAGAUUUGUUAGCAAAAAAAUUUCAACUUUACAGGAUGUUGUACAGUACCGGGUGUAUUUAAACAUAACAUACAAUCAGCAGUACCGUAAAGCUGGCCACUAUUACCUUUCCAUUUCAAUUACCAUAGCCUGAUAUGUUAUAUAUCAUGAAUCAUUUGUUAACCUACUUGUAAAAAAAAAAAAAAAAUUUCUCAAUCAUUACAGCUAUUUUUAUUUGUAGCAUGGUUCAAUUUAUUAGAUGUGGAGAGGAAUAAUGUAAA